CGUCAUUCGUACACUUGUUUUUUGGAAUUAAUUGCAAUUAUCUUGGAAUAAUUUACUCAGUAUACUCUAAAACUGUGUUUAUAAAUAAGUUUUCAAGAUGAUGGACUGUGUUGAAGAGACUAACCAUGAUCCCCUGUCGUCGCCCGCUCAGCCCGCAUCGCUCGACGCGAAGGUUGAGAAGAAGAAGCCCAAUGAAAACGUCUCGUUGACGGAUAACAGCUUGCUGGUGGACAUAUCAGAUGCUCUCAGUGAGAAGGAGAAAGUGAAGUUCACAGUGCACACCAAGACAACCCUCCCAGAGUUCCAGAAGCAAGAGUUUGUGGUGGUCCGGCAGCAUGAAGAGUUUGUGUGGCUCCACGACCGUUAUGAAGAGAAUGAGCAAUACGCUGGUUAUAUUAUACCGCCAGCGCCCCCUAGGCCGGACUUCGACGCGUCGCGCGAGAAACUUCAGCGAUUAGGGGAGGGCGAGGGGGCCCUUACGCGGGAGGAGUUCCUUAAGAUGAAGGAGGAGUUGGAGGACGAAUAUCUAGCAACCUUCAAGAAGACCGUAGCAAUGCACGAAGUGUUCCUGCAACGUUUGGCGGCGCACCCUGUAUUCAGGAGCGAUUCCCAUCUCAGAGUCUUUCUGGAAUAUGAGCAGGAUUUGUGCGCGAAGCCGCGCGGCAAGAUGGACCUUAUUGGUGGACUGAUGCGUUCCAUGACGACGACGACCGAUGAGAUAUACUUAGGAGCGACUGUCCGUGACGUCAACGACUUCUUUGAGCAAGAGACUGCGUUCCUUCAAGAAUAUUACUCGCAUCUGCGCGAUGCCGUGGCGCGCGUUGACCGCAUGACCUCCAAGCACAAAGAAGUGGCAGACGCUCACAUCAAGUUAUCCUCGUGCAUCACACAGUUGGCCACACGUGAACAGCCGCCCACUGAACGGUUCCUUACAAGAGCCGCCGACACGUUUGACAAGUGCCGGAAAAUCGAAGGUCGCAUGGCGUCUGACCAAGACCUGAAAUUGGCGGACACUCUGCGUUACUACAUGCGAGAUGCGCACGCGGCGAAAGCUGUGCUGGUUAGAAGGCUGAGAUGCCUAGCUGCGUACGAAGCCGCCAAUAGGAACCUCGAAAAAGCCAGAGCGAAGAACAAAGAUGUACACGCUGCGGAGCAGCAACAGGCGGACGCGUGCGCGCGAUUCGAGCAACUAUCGGCGCGCGCGCGCGAAGAGUUGCUCGACUUUCGUGCAAGGCGCGUGGCUGCUUUCAGGAAGAGUCUUAUAGAUCUCGCGGAGUUAGAAAUCAAACACGCACGCGCUCAGCAAGAGUUGUUCAGGAAAUCGCUGCAAGUGCUCAAGGAAUGCCAAUAAUGUUGUUACGUCAUCGACGGCCCAACGCUGGGCAUGUGGGCAUAAAGUUUUCCCAUCACCAACGCUGCGGUAAGACUGUGGUUUCCUAUAAACGCCGAAGGCCGCGUUACUAUAGAAAUAUAGUCAGUGUCGAAUCCUAGACAUCCAUCUUAGACAGCAUCUCACUUAACACCAGGUGCGAUUUCUGUCAAAUACCUGCCUUUUUCUGCAUAAAAAAAAUUGUCGUGUCACCCAAAGUGGCCAAAACGUUGACAACACAACCUUAUUCCAAUGAGGGCUAUCGUUUUUAUACUUAACAGUUGGCGAUUGACAGGACCUUACUCUACAGUGGCGCCAUCUUGAUGAGUGCAAAUGCGAUAGUCCUCCUACCACUUUAGCGCUCACCAGUUGGUGCCACUGUCUUCGCUACUAGCAAGUGACAGGACCUUACUCUACAGUGGCGCAAACUGGUGAGCCCUAAAACGAUAGCCCUCAUUGCAACAAACCCCCGUAUUCACCACAAAUCGAACGCACAGCGUUGAAUAGAGCUCUCUGAUUGGUUCGUGUGUGACCCUGUGCGUCCACGCGCACUGUGAGACCUCACAGUAAUGUUUGUGAAUACAGGCGAGACGUGUUGCGAACUUUUCGGCUACUUUGGGUGUCAUGAACUCUUUGACGCUAAAAAAUAGUUUGAUUUUGGUAUUUUUUCAUGAUUAAAGUUGAACAGGUUAUACGAACUGAAUUUGACGUUUAUUUAGUUUUAAAUGUUCUCAUUGUAUCUUCAAAAUGUACAUAAACUAUUUGGUAUUUAACGUGUAUUAAUAUUAUAAACAUUUGACUAUAAUAAUGUUUAUAAAUGUAGUUAUUUUAAAGAGCGUUAGUUAGAUAAUAUAAUUUAUACCACAGUC